UACUUAUGUGUCGUAUAAUAGGUGAUAAACACAUGAUUGAGGUUAUUAAAAUAUAGUUGCAUUUUUUAAUUUAUUAUUAAUUGAAAAUGACAGCAGUGCAAAUAAAUAAUAGAAUUGUGUUUGGCGGGAAAAUUCAAAAUGAUUACAUUUACCAGGAUGAUCAGUGCGUGGCAUUCGAAGCUGAGGACAAGCAAGCCCCGGAUCACUUUAUAGUGGUCCCUCGGAAGACCAUCCCGAGACUGAGCGACGCCACUGUCGCCGACGAAAGACUUUUAGGACACAUGCUACUCGUAGCCAAAGGCCUGGCGGCCGACAGAGGGCUCUCCCGGGCCGGCUACCACACGGUAGUUGACGAGGACCACCGCACCAGGACGCUGGUGGCGCUGCAUGUCUUCGAGAGGUCGCUGCUGCAUAUGCUAUGGCCUACAAGUUUGGGGAGCAGGCUUUAACACAUUAAAGAAAGAGAGAAAAACUAUUCGUCUAAUUACCUACUAUUAUAUUUUAUGCUUAAACUAAAAGACUUUAUUUUAAAAGAACUUAAUAUCGCAUGAAGCCGAAAAGGUAACCACAGCUGUAUACUAUGAAGUGACACAGCCCUGAUUUUCAGCGUGGCCUAUAAAAGCGGAAUAAAAAAUGUAUUAAUUAAUAUAUUAAGUUAAAGUAAAAAAUUAUAGUGUGUAAAAGUAAAACUGCAUUUUCCACGUAUUGGCUUUAUAUUUUUUUAUAUAAUAACGCGUACGGUUCGGGAAGGGCAAGGACAUUUUCAAUAUGUAAUAAAUUACAUAUCAGUUUUACUUCUUUCUUCACAUAAAGUUAUCUAAAAGACAUGUACACCGAAGUUGAUUCUAAUAUUAUUAAAACAAGCCUACUUUUUAUAAAAAUGUAUAUUUAAGAAAUAACAUUAUUUUGUUGUUAUGUCUACAUUCGACUAGAAUGUAAUUCUAGUACCGACGAGUAUUUCUUUAGUAAUAAACACAAAAUAAAAAAUAAUUGUGGAAUUUCGGUGAGAGCAGCACUUGCUUGGCAAACUUUUAAAUUCCAUUCAAAUUCAGCGACAGUAGAUUCUUCAGUUUUUGCCAGGCCCGCUAGCGCAGGCGGUUCCGGGUCAUAAAUAUUUGACGGCGCUGCGGCGGCGCUUAACUAAUUUUUUAGAAUAAAUUGGUUUGUAAGGAAUUUCUAGAUAAAAUUUGGUUGACUGGUUAAAAAAUAGUAAGUAUAGGUACUUCA